AUGCCGAGGCAAGGCGGCGGGAGUGGCAACAGGCUGUCGGACUGGCGCCGAGUCACGGGCGCUGCUGCCGCGAGCGGGCUGGCGGCGAGCGCGGAGGAGGGGGGAGCAGCGGAGGAGCGGGAAGGGGACGGGUUUGGAAGCGGGGAAGACGAUUUUGCUGUAAACGCACCAGUGAGGGGCGCGGGCGGAGCCAGAUGGGCGGAAAGACGCGCGGCUGCCGGCGGAAGCAGUAGCGGAGGUCGCGGAGGGAGGCGCAAAGGCGGGGGAGGAGGGGGAGGAGGGAGCCGUGCAACGCGCCGAGCAGGCGGAUGUGUGAAGUUACGGGGGGAGACAGAAACGGGGGCAGACCAUUACGCUAGGGAAGCAACGAGCCGAUUUGGUGCUAGCAACGAUGGCGCAGCGGCGGCCCGUAGAUCUCUUUCCGAGUCGGCUUUAAAGACAGCGACUCGCGAGUCAUAUCAGAAUCAAGAGCAGGGUCAGUCGGAGAUUAACGUGCUUAGGGAUAUGUUUGGCGGCGGCGCGGUAUCGGACGCGGAGAUUAGCCACGUGUACUAUCACGAGUGCCGGGGGUCGUUAGAGGCUUCGAUAGAAGCACUUUUAGGGUUGGCCAACCGCGUUGACAGUACUGGAUGUGACAGUAUCGGGAGUGAGCGCACGGAGCGGCAGCGUAGCGACGUUAGUCUGGAUCCCCACCCCGUCUCCCCGUCCUCCUCCUUCGCCUUCCCCUCCGCCUCCCCUUCCGCCUUUUCCUCCGACUCCGCUUCCGCUUCCGCCAUGACCCCACCCGCUGCACCUCCUCUCGUCCGCCCAUCCACGUCCUCCUCCCCGCCUCCCCUUCCGCCACUCGCCGUUCCCCCGUCAUCAUCCUCCGCACAGCCCGCUUCCGCGCAUCCCUAUCCGCCCUCCUCCUCGUCCCCCGCGCUCACGUCUCCCCCCGGCGGCGCGCCGCUGCUCGUCGCGCUACCCUGCGACCUCCAAGAUCUUAUCCUCUCCGCGCUUGACCUCCCCUCCCUCGCGCGCCUCGCCUGCGCCUCGCGCCACUUGCGCCACCUCAUCCACCUCCGCCGGUUGGCGCUCAAGCACCUCGCGCUUCCGCGCACCCUCCCCGCAUGGGCCGCGCCGUCGCUGGUCGGGGCGCACGGGGGGCUCGAGUCGCUCAGUUUGCAGCGCCUGGGGCGCUGUGAGAUGGAUUUCCGCGCCGUGUUUGCUGCUGCUGCGGGGGUGGGGGAGAGGGGGGAGGUGUGGGGAGCGGAGGCGGGGGGGGCAGGAGGAGUGGAAGCAGGAAAAGAGGGGGGAGGUGUGGGGAGGCAGAGACAGGAGCAGCAGCAGCAGCAGCAGCGGCAGCAAGUGGUGGUUGAAGGGGUGGUUAUGCAGCCCACUAGGUCCCUUCAGUCGAUUUCAUUGGCUGGCUGCGUCCACCUCAACGACGCUGACGUGGCGUGUCUGUGCGCCCUGCACCGCCGCCUGGCGUCCGUGGAUCUGUCGUCAUGCCGCCAGGUGACUGACGUGGCGCUGACGUGGCUGGGGCAGCACGAAAGGGAGGCAGGAGUAGAGGAGGAAAGCAACGGAAUGACAGUCAAGGGAGAGGAACAGGAUAGAGUAGCAACAGGAGAGGCAACAGCAGUAACAGCGGCAGAAGCAGCAAGUGAUUAUGCUGGAGCCGCAUCAGCAGCAAGGGAGCAGCAGGGGCGGCAGCAGACAGUAACGAGUCAGCACCUGUCAGCAGCCUUGAAUGCCGCUCUCUCCUCUUGCACCCUCACCCACUCCUCCACCACCACCACCACCUCCUCCUCCUCCUCCUCCUCCUCCUCCUCCUCCUCCUCCUCCUCCUCCUCCUCCUCCUCCUCCUCCUCCUCCUCCUCCUCCUCCUCCUCCUUUAACCCACGCUCUUCACACUCCUCUCACUCCCCGCGCGGCCUCACAUCGAUAAACAUAUCCGACUGUCCGCUCAUCACCAACCGUGGCCUGCAAACACUCCUACGCGCCCCUCUCAUCGCCUCCUCCCUCAUUUCGCUCGACAUCUCCUGCUGCGGCCUCAUUUCCUCCGCAGGCCUCAACUUGCCUCACUCUCUCUCUGCUCUCCGUCACCUCACUGCCUCUCAUCUGCCGCUACUGGAGUCUCUCACCCUCCUCCUCCCACACUCCUGCCCGCUCGAAGAGAUUUCGUUUUCUUGCUGCCCGGUUCUUCAGAAGCUUACCAUCCACUCGCGCUCGCUCCGCUCUCUCAACCUCGCGGGCUGCCGCAAACUUUCCUCGCUUUCCCUCAUCUGCCCGGCUCUCUCCUCCCUCAUCCUCUCCCAGUGCUCUUCCCUUGAAACAUUUUCCCCAGCUGACCGCUGCCCGUCUCUAGCAUCCCUGAACGCGUUCCUCUGCCGCUCCCUCCCUGCCUCCACCCUCACUACUCUCCUCACUCACGCCAAAGAUCUAGAAGAGCUCAACUGUGGGGGCUGCGCGUUACUCGAGACCGUGCGGUUACCGCCUGAGGGGGCGUGGAGGGAUGUUGGAUCCGGUAGUGGCGUGUGCAGUGGGGACGGGGGCCUUGCAAGGGCGAGUGGGGGCGGCAGAGGGGGUGAGAGGGGGGGCGCGGGGGUGGUGUUUGAGGCGAGUGUGAGUGGGUGCAUUCUUCUGCCCCGGGAAACUCAGAGAGCGCUCAAGAGCCUGUGCAAGCUUGCGCGGGCCGCUGCUUAG